UUAUGCCGCGACGGCUUUCACAUUACUGUAAACCUGAUUCACAACUAUCAUUUUGAUUUUUGCGACUCUCUGGAGAAUAAAUGUAUUAGAUUUAUCCAAAACCCCUCAACUUCACAGUCGGACUCGCUUUUACAACCAUGUUUACUUAAACGGCGAGCAGACCAGCAAUUAUGCUGCUACGCGUCAGUCAGUCAGUUUGGUGAUAAUAAUAAUAAUAAUAAUAAUAAAAACAUCCGGCGACCUUCUUUUACAAACACAAGAUGAGAAGACUGAACAAAAAGAAAGCUCUAACGCUGGUCAGAGAGUUGGACGCCUUCCCCAAAGUACCCGAGAGCUACGUGGAGUCGUCAGCCAGCGGCGGCACAGUGUCAAUAAUUGCGUUCAGUGCCAUGGCUGUGCUAGCCUUCCUGGAGUUUUUUGUCUAUAGGGACACUUGGAUGAAAUACGAGUACGAGGUUGACAAAGACUUUAGCAGUAAACUGAGGAUAAACAUCGACAUGACUGUGGCCAUGAGAUGCCAGUAUAUAGGAGCCGAUGUUCUGGAUUUAGCCGAGACCAUGGUUGCUUCUGAUGGCCUUAAGUACGAAGCGGUCAACUUUGAGCUGUCGCCACAGCAAAAAAUUUGGCACAUGACUCUUCUUCACAUCCAAGAGCGCCUACGAGUAGAACAUUCUUUGCAGGAUUUAAUCUUCAAGAGUGCCAUGAAAGGAUCUCCACCCGCUGAGUCCAGAAGUGUGGACAGCAGCACGUCUCUUAACGCCUGCCGCAUUCAUGGACAUCUCUAUGUCAACAAAGUGGCGGGAAACUUCCACAUCACUGUUGGAAAGUCCAUUCCUCAUCCACGAGGCCACGCCCACCUAGCGGCUCUCGUCAGCCAUGAUAGUUUUAACUUUUCCCACCGCAUUGAUCACUUGUCGUUCGGAGAAGACAUCCCGGGCGUCAUCAGCACGCUGGACGGCACAGAGAAAGUCACCACCGACGCCAACCACAUGUUCCAGUACUUCAUCACCAUCGUCCCCACCAAACUGAAUACGUACAACGUGGCGGCCGACAUGCAUCAGUAUUCGGUCACCGAGAGGGAACGCACCAUCAACCACGCGGCGGGCAGCCAUGGUAUUUCGGGGAUUUUCAUGAAGUACGACAUGAGCUCCCUGAUGGUGAAAGUGAGCGAGCAGCACAUGCCGCUUUGGAAGUUUUUGGUACGGCUGUGCGGUAUCGUGGGAGGCAUCUUUUCCACCACAGGCAUGCUGCACAGCGUGAUGGGCUUCGUAGUGGACGUGGUCUGCUGUCGCUUUCAAAUGGGAAUCUAUAAACCCCUCAAGUCACAGGAGGACCACCCUAUGAAAAUGCAAGAGGAGCAAGCGGCGCCCCCUGCUGACAUCAACUUGAGUCAGCCAGUCAGCUGACAGGUGGAAAAUAAUUUGAACAUUCAUAAUUAAAGCCAAAUUUAAAAUUCCAAUAAAUUUCUUUAAAAAAACAAACAAAAAAAACACAAUACAACACAAAAUGUGCCUAUGUGUAAAUGUUUAUUAAAUAAAAUCUCCUCGCUCUCUGUG